AUGAGUGAAGCUCCGUUUAAGAGCAUAGAUCAAACUAGUCGACUGGAUUUUAAUGGCACGGAGCGAUGCUUCGAAACCAGUCUCCAAGGCCUAUCUCCUACUGCGCUGUUCCACUCGAGUACACGAGAGCUUGCAAAGCCUGGCUGGGUGCGUAGCACCGUGACCGGUGGGAGACUAAUUCGCUGGUACCGUAGUGGCUCCAAAAGAAUGGACAUUGCUUCCAUUCUUUUGGGCCUCAGCUUAUGUAUGAUAACAAGUGUUGUUUCAAUAUGGACACAGAAGUGCAUACAAGGCAGAAUAAGGCCUGCUUGCGGGAUCAGGUUCCGGACCGUCGCCAACGACUCUAGUCAAGACCCAGGGAUGGACGAAAAUCGCCUUUUGGCAAGCAUAAACGGGGAAAAAAAUGAACAAAUGGAUGAAGUAAUCCCAGGAGCUUCAUGA